AUGGAAAUGGAACAAAAUGAUCUCAUCCUGCAGGCGCCCCCUGAUGUUUAUGAAGGAGACUCCCUGUCUCUCAGGUGUCACUGUCGGACUGGAUAUAAGACAAGGAACACAGUAUUUUACAUGGACAAUAAGAUCAUUGAGUCCCCAGUCAGUGAGUCUGAGUUACACAUAGGAAGAGUGGAUGUUUCUGCGUCUGGUACUUACAAGUGUGAAAGUGAAAUACUUAAUGGAGACACAACUUAUGGAAAUUAUAAAACAACCAGUCGUUACAUCUCAGUCUCAGAGCUGUUCAGUACCCCCCAAAUAACUGUGGAUCUAUACUCUUGGACAGAAGGAAAUCAAAUAAACAUAACAUGUGACACAAAGCUCAGCCCACACAGAGAGACUACAGAGCUGCAGUUUGUUUUCUACAGAAAUGGGCACAAUGUGCAGGGAUUCAGUUUAUCCAACCAAUAUGGAGUCCCCUCAGCUCAGCUGGAGGAUUCUGGGAAUUAUACCUGUGAGGUACAAACUCCAACCGGCAGUGUGAGGAAGAGGAGUAAUGUUAUGACUGUUGAGAUACAGGAUGGAAACCAAACAGGAGCUGUGCAAAAUACAGUGAGACUGGUAUUGUCUGGAGUUAUAUUCAUCAUUAUAUUGUGUCUUCUCUUCUACCACAAAAAGACAAUGGCAGUGACAUAUUCCCAGGAGACAGAGGAGAAUGGAGGAGAGAUCAGGAAUGAGGGAGAAUGUUCUAUAUAAUGGCUGCUAUGUCUGAAUCUUACUUGUAAAGGUUCCGUCUAUGAUGAUAUCAGUGUCCGUCAGGCCAUGAAGAUGUUCCUCACCAAAUACUCACAUGGAAUAGAAACAGGAAUGUUCAUUAUUAUUAUAAUUUCAUUGUUAUUGGUGAUUGGUGAAUGUAUUCACCGGGCAUGGAUUAGCGGCAAAUUUCUUUUCUUUGCACUUUGCCACCUGCGAAUUUUUCUGUGAAACUAUUGCAGAAAUUUGCUACAAAAAAAAG